CUUUGCUACUUCAUUUGCUAGAAAAGAAGAUUGAGGACCAAAAGGAUCAAUAACUCAUAAUGAUUGCUUCAUCUAUCUUCAGGAAUACCCACUUAGCAUUUCAACCAGUGAAGACCAACACCUUCAACUUCAUCCUCUCCCCAUUGCUUUUCAGGCAAAAUGUUCAAAUAGCUCAUUAUGCAACGGAUGGGAAGCCGGAUACCGGGGCAUUUGAGAGAACAGCUUCAACGUUUCGCAAUUUUAUUUCGCGAGAUCCGAAUUCUCAAUUUCCUGCUGAAUCUGGAAGGUAUCAUAUGUAUGUAUCUUAUGCUUGUCCUUGGGCUUCCAGAUGUCUUGCAUUCUUGAAAAUUAAAGGACUCGACAAGGCCAUAAGUAUCACGCCUACCAAUCCUGUAUGGGGAAGAACCAAGGAAAAUGAAGAACAUAUGGGAUGGGUUUUUCCUUCUUCAGAGACAGAGGAACCGGGAGCUAAGCCUGACCCUUUGAAUGGGGCAAAGAGUAUACGAGAUCUGUAUGAGCUUGCAAGUCCUACUUAUUCCGGAAAGUACACUGUUCCGGUGCUGUGGGAUAAGAAGCUCAAGACAAUUGUUAAUAAUGAGAGUGCAGACGUCAUCCGUAUGUUCAAUACCGAAUUUAAUGAUAUAGCUGAGAAUGCAGCUCUGGAUUUAUAUCCUCCCCACUUGCAAGCUCAAAUUGAUGAAAUCAACGAAUGGAUAUAUACCGAUAUAAGCAAUGGUGUUUAUAAAUGUGGUUUUGCCAAGAAGCAAGAGCCUUAUGAUGAGGCAGUUAAACGGUUGUUUAGCUCUCUUGAUAAAUGCGAGGAGAUACUUGGAAAACAACGUUAUUUAUGUGGAAACACAUUGUCUGAAGCUGAUAUCCGGUUGUUCGUCACGCUGAUAAGAUUUGAUGAGGCUUAUGCAAUUCAUUUCAAGUGCAACAAAAAGCUUGUAAGGGAGUACCCGAAUCUGUUCAAUUAUACCAAAGACAUUUACCAAGUUCCUGGUAUGAGUAGCACCGUAAACAUGGAUCAUAUCAAGCGCCAUUUCUAUCUCACUCAUAUUUCAAUAAAUCCAUUUGGAAUCAUUCCUAUCGGAUCAGACAUCGACUAUUCGUCUCCUCAUGACAGAGACAAGUUUUCUAAGUAGAGAAAAAAAUUCAGUCAUCUUGUCAUGCUGCUAUGACUGUAUGUCCAACAUCAGAUGUGUUUGUUUUUCUCUGAAUUAAACUUGGAAAAUAUGUUGAUUCUCUUUGUAUUCUAUCAAUAAGUGAAAGGGUUAAAUGCAACUAUAUCACAAAUUUUUA